AGCGCGCCUGACCUGAACACAUAAUCUUGUAAUUUAUCCCAAUGUUUGCGUUGAAARCUGUCAUUGAAAGGGUUUUUCAUCUUAUCGGUUUACAUUGAYUGCAGCUGAGCUAUCAUAUUCUCAGAAUGCAUCUUGUCCAAGGUCCAAUGUCAACGACUUCUACCCCAAGAGAGCCACUCGUGCCGGAGACUUCACCAGACGAGGWGAUGGCGCCGUCGAGUGAGGGAAACCUAAAGAUUUUGAACAUCAUAGAGACGAAUUCAGAAGUUAUGUGCUGUCGUUUUAGUAUAGAUGGAGGYUUGCUCGCAGUUGGACUAGCAAGUGGAAUAAUUAAAGUUUAUUCUCCAGACACUGGCCGAAGCAUUUAUAAUCUUUCAGAUCAAGACACRCUCAAAAGUCGCCUUCCAGUGACUUGCAUUCGAUGGAAAGCUGUUUCUGAAGGCGAAGAUUGGGCAAACGUUUUGAUAGCAACAUAUGCAGAUGGUCGUGUGAAGCAUUGGCAUGUCACAACAAGCACUUGUUUGUCAACAAUUCUUGAACCUAAACGUCAAACACUAGCYUGUUCAUUUAAUGAAUCUGUYAGUCAGUUUGUUACUUCUGGCUCUGAUACCAAGUUAAUGGUAUAUGAUGAAAAAACUAAGCAAAUUAUUACCACAUUAGAGCCAAGCUCUUCUCAUCUUGUAAUGGAUGGUCACAUGAGUAGAGUUUUUGCUGUCAAGUACAUUCCUGAAGAAGAUUACAUCUUUGUCUCAGCUGGAUGGGAUGAUACU